CAAGAGAUGUUUCCUAAUUAUGGAAAACCCAAAUCCACAACCUCAAGAAACAAAGCAGGGAUUCCUAUAGUACAUGUUUUUUCUUUUUGGGUUGCCUUUUGGGUAUAGUAUUGCCCACCACCUUUUGUUUUUCUUCCAAAUUUAACUUAAUCUUAUAAAAAAAAUGAAAAAAAAAUUCAUGCCCAGUUCAAAUCCUUAGCUAAGCAACAUUCUCUAGCUGAUUUUUUUUUUUAGAACUUUGAUGUUAGUACAAAAUGGCUAUUGAUGCAGAAGAUGUACUAGUUUGCAUAUGGAGAUUCCUUCGUUUUUUCAUGCACACUAGUUGCGUAUGUGUACAAAAACACCCAUUAUUUUCAUGCAUUUUGUUAGUAAUCAUCCUUGUGUACAUAUUUUUCGAUCUUCUGCUAUACCACUCCCCAUUUCUCAUCUGCAUUGCCAUUCUCAUUCGAUGUUUCUGGAGUUCCGAACGACCACCCACAACCACUAUCGAAGCAACUGUCAAAGAGAGAGAAAAAAUGACAUCACCGACGAGCACUGUGAAAGAAGAAGAUUAUGUCGUUGUUAAUAGAGAUAGCGUUAGCGAGGGCUUCUCCCCCAUACGACGACAAAAAAGUAAACGAACGAUAGUCGGCAGGAACAGAGAAUGGAAAGUCCAAGCUAGAAGAAAAGGAAGCGACAUGUUUCCCUUGACGACUGACAAAAGCGCAAAAAUAUUCGUGAAAGAAAGAGAGGGUUUUGCUUGUGGGGAAAGCUCAUCUACAUAUUCUGGUAAUAAUCUCCAUUUUUUUAGAUCUGAAACGUCAAAGCCAAAGACCCUUUUGCCACAUGAUGUUUCGGAUCAAAAGUUGGUGAAAUCUGACAGCUACAGUGUUGUUUCGGAGGCUGACAACGUUGAAGAUUCUGAAGACGACGUCGACGAAGAGGAGGAAGAAGAGGCUAUAAAGAAUGGUGGGAAUAAGGCUAUGGAAUGGACUGAAGAUGAUCAAAAGAACCUUAUGGAUCUUGGGCUUUCUGAGAUUGAAAGGAACAGGAGGCUUGAGAGUUUAAUAGCCAAAAGAAGAGCGAGAACUUUGUUCAAAAUACAGGCCGAGAAAGGCCUAAUGGAUUUGGACGGUGUUGUUCCAUCUUGUACAAUAGCCCCUGUUUUCGUUUCAAGGAACAACCCUUUUGAGGUCCCAAUUGGGGCUAAUGGGAAUGAGUCAUUACAAGUUCCGGGUUCGGCACCGUCGAUCCUUUUACCUACGCAAAACCCAUUUGAUCUUCCCUAUGACCCACUUGAGGAGAAGCCCAAUUUAAUGGCUGACAGUUUUCAACAGGAGUUCACAGCAGUCAAUCAGAAGGAAAUGUUGUAUUGCAGGCAUGAGAGCUUUAGUUUGGGACCUUUCCAAUUUGAACCUGAUCAUCAUCAUCAUCCUCAUCAAGACCGACGUGAUCAUAAGUUCGGUAACUACUUCAAUAUUGAAAAGAGAGCUUUUGAAGGAUAUGGAUUACCCAGAUACAGAAGGAAGUCAGCAGGAAAUCAAGAUACUCUAAUGGAACAGUUUUUGUCAGAAGUAGGUGUCGGCAAGCCUCGCAAUGAACUCCUUCUUGAGAGUCAACCUCGUGUAUCAAACUCAGGAACAUCCAAAAUGGACAUGGAACUGACUGAAGAAAGUAACAAUGAAUCAACCUCGUCAUCUUCCUCAGAAAUGACCAAUGAAGCUGAAGUUUCAAGCAAUAUAGAACCAACUCAGGAAAACGCUGAAACUAGUAUGUUAACUAGUCCAAUGUCUAAAACACAAGAACCCCAUUAUGAUUCUAGUCCUACUUCAAACGAUAAGAACAGAAUGGAGAACACCAUGUUUUUUCCUGAGCCUGGUGGACAUAUUCACACUCCUACAUUCUCCAUAGCUUCAGAUAUGCAGGUAGAGGUUUCAGAAGCUGGUUCACCUUCUAUGACAGUUGGAAACAUGUCACCCAAUGAUAGAGAUUCUUUGUCUGAUGAUGUUGAGGUGGAGCUGUCCAAUUCGACAAAUUUUGAUUGUAAGUCCUAUGAUGAUGUCCGUCAAGUGAUGGAAGAUGUGGAAAAGUUAAGGAAUAUUGUUGGUUCUUCAGAAACAAUGGCCUUUGAGAACCAAGAUACAACACAAUUGGCUGCACGCUUAUCAUUUGAAGUUCUCUCUGAAGGAACAGAGAAGUCAUGGAGUCUUCCAGAUGAGUCUGUGAAGGAGGGGAGUGUUAUCUAUGAUGAAGGAGAUUCAGUAACCGAGAUUAUUGAAGACAUAGAAGACCAAGAAAAAGAGGAAAAUGAAGGUGAAGAUGAAGAUGGAUCACAAAUAUUGACUAGACGAGCAAUAGAAGAAAGUCAACAAAAACCAGCUGAAAUGAGAGAAUUAGAACCUACUUUGCAUAAUGAGGGAAGUUCAGAAAACCGUGAUGGACAUCGAGCUAAGGACUCUGCCCAGCCAUCACUAAAGGGCGAUCUAGAUUUGAAAGUUACCGAAGAUAGUGAGAAACAAACUGAACAAGAGGGCAUUACUGACAUGUCAAAGUCAACUGAGACUGAAGACAACUUAAUAGAAGAUAGAAACUUGAAUAGAAAGGAUGAAGUUUUCUCAUCAAAUCUUAAUCAGGAGAUGGACAUGGAUGUCCCACGAUCUGAUCUAGAAGAAUUGGCAAAAAGUAGCUCACCGGAUGAACAGUUACCUGAUGAUACAAAUUUGAUUAUGACUCAAAAUGGAAAGCACUUGAUGGGGGUUUCAUCAACUCACAUUUCAAAUACCAGUGAUUUUGAAACGUUAGAGGAACCAUCUGCUUCAGAAAAGUUCACAGAUGAAACCAACAUCUUAUCCAAUACAAAUGAACCUGUCCUAGUAGUCAUUGACAAGGCAGCUAAUGAAGAGUCAGAAACACUUCUUAGUACUAAUGUUUCUACAGAAUUUUCCAAAAUACCUGCAGAAACCAACUUCGAACCGAAUGAAGGUUUCAAAAAUGGAACAGGAUAACUAGCUGAGGAAUCCUCACAUCCCAAUUACAUAGCGCUGGAAGAAGCUGCUUGCAUACCAAAUGAUCCACCAGUGAGUGAAAAUGAUUUAGACAAUGAGAAAAUGAAGUCUAUUGAAGAAAGUAUAGAUGAAUACGAGGAUUUGAAACAGUACUUGUCUGAUUCGACUAAUGUUGCAAAUGAAAAUCUAAAAAUCCCAAAGUGUGUUGGAAUUGAAUCUAAUGAUCUAAUGGAGAACAACCCUGAUACCGACCAAGACCAUUCGAGCACAAUAGGGAGUAGUAUAAAUAUUUCUAAUUCUUUGAAUACUAGUACUACAGUAGAAGAAUAGACGAUAAAGUAGUAAAGAUAUUCGAUCAAAUUACCAUUAUAUUCCUUAAGUAUUUGUAAUAUGUUAAAUGUGUUAUUGUAUAAAUAUAUUAUAUUUUCCAAAUAUUUCAUUAGCUAACUUAA